CACAGGCCACUGAGCCCGCAUCGUCUCGUCUCCCUCUCCCUCUCCCACCCCGCCUCCCUCCUCGACGAGCUCCGAGCGGCGGCGAUGGCGAGCGACGGCGCGGCGGCCACGCCGGCGAAGGCGAGCCCGAAGAAGGCCAACCUCCUCGACCCCCACUCCAUCAAGCACCUCCUCGACGAGACCAUCUCCGACGUCGUGAAGAGCAAGGGCUACGCGGAGGACACGCGGCUGGGCAACUGGAAGCUGGCGAUUGGGGCGGCCGUGAUCGCCAUCGCUCUCCUCGCGCAGUUCUACCCGAAGAAGUUCCCCCAGAACCGCGAGUUCCUCCUCGGCUGCAUCGCAUUAUAUGUGGUGUUGAAUGUGGUGCUGUUGAUACUUAGCUAUACCAAGGAAAAGGAUGCCAUUAUGUUCACACACCCUCCUGCGGGUUCUUUCAAUAGCACUGGACUAGUUAUAUCUUCAAAAUUACCAAGAUUCUCGGAUAUGUACACUAUCACAAUAGCCAGUGCAGAUCCCCAGUCUAUUUCCGCCAAUAAGCCAGUUCAUUUCACUAAGAGUGUUACAAAAUGGUUUACUAAGGAAGGAGUUCUCGUGGAAGGCCUGUUCUGGAAGGAUGUUGAGAGGUUGAUUGAUGACUACAACACUGAGCGCAAGGGCAAAUGAAUGGGUAGUCCAUGUGACUAUGAGACGUUAAUUGUCUAGAAAAGAAACCCUCUUGUGGAAUUCCUUGCUUGGAAGAAUCCUUAGCUUAAUCAAAAUAGACAAUUUUGUCAUACAUUACUGUUUCACUGGUGAUUGAAAUACUGUCGAAGACACCCGGUACCAUCCCAAUUCUUUUUUAUGAGCUUACAAGCCUAUCGAUGGUUAAUCAUAGAUACCAGCACUGAGCUCUGUACGUUCUGCUUAUAUGACAACAUGAAUGAAAUUGCCUCAGGAAAACAGAAAAAUGUAUUAUGCCAAUAGCCAAAAAUCCUUGUAAAUAAUUCCUUCUGUACACAUAUUUUGGACUGGUAAGGUACCAACAACUACCAGUGUCGUCGAAA